UUCCUGCUGUUGUCGACGCGAGUAAAAUGUUGUAUAAAAUGCCAAAAAUAAAUAACUAAGCAAAUCAAAUCAAUAUUUACUAUGAAUAUAGUUUAAUACAAUCCGAGUGUAUAACGAUAAGUGGUUAAGAAUCAAAGUUACUUGCCAAUAAAAUUUGCAUUGAAAAGCAAGGAAAAGUGUCCUGAGAGCGCAAUCUCCGUUUGCUCACGGCUUUUCCUUUCCGCUCUCUGAAAAGAGCCGCUCUCCAUUUCCCAUUUGUUUUGCUCAGCUUCUUCGCAAAUAAACAAUUCGAAAACCUUAAAAUGCAUAAAGCUUGCCCAUAAUAUGGAAAUUGAAUAGCACUAAGUUGGAAAAGCGAUAACAUUGCGAUGAAAAUCUGCACAUGAGUGUUCAAAAAUUAUACGAAACAUAGGGAAAAGUAUCGCCCUGAGACCGAAAUUUAAUCCCCCACUCCCUGCACUCCAACAUGCUGAAUAGCCGGAGCCCCCCCCAGUACAAGCAGCAAUCCCCGGGGGGCUCCGUCGGCUCCGCCAGCUCCGCGUCCCAGCUGCUGGGCCACUACCAAUCCGCCUACGGACAGCAGGUUCACUCGCACGCCUGCUAUCAGCACCAAUUGCAGCAGCAGCAGCAGCAGCAGCAACUGCAGCCGCAUCAGCAGAAGCAGCAGCACCAUCACCACCACGGAUCCCGAACAUCCCUCACGCCCACCAUGAAGCGGGGCAAGAAGCAGUGGGGCACCAGGGAAAGAUCCGGCAUGAGCUUCCUCAUCGUCAUCACCUUCUUCGCCGUCUUUGGACUAAUCAUUCUAACCGAGGUCUUCAUGAUCGACGAGCGCACCCACAGCGGCAUGUUGGCCAUGAGGGCGGGUGGCGGAGGCGGUGCCAGCCUGGGCGGACGGAUGGGCGACUCCAUGCCGGAUUAUGAUAAUGUUAAGGACGACUACGAUCUAUUGGAUGCCAGCAUUUUGAGUGAUAAUAAAUUAGGAUUUGUACAGCUGCGCGACAAUAAAUUGAAAAUUCAAGAAGCCGCAGGCGCCGAUGGCCAGCGCCUGGCCGGAAUGCUUCUCAAUGGCGGUGGUGGUGGAGCCGGAGCGUUUGGCGUCAAUGUACCGCUCAUACCCUGGGGCCAGGUACUGCCGGACAAGGUGGAGGAGACCCUGCCCCAUUUCCCGUUUGGCACACGGCCCACCGAUGGCGCCUGGCAGGUUGUCAACGGCACCCGCUUCAAGUUCUUUGUCUACUCCGCCUAUUUUGACCGGCGCGAAGGAGCACGCCUGGUGCGAGUGGUGGGCGCCACCAAGACAAGGGGACCGGAGCGGGUGUGGUGUCGAUUCUGGUACGGACCGAGUCCUGGCAAUGGCACCGAUGCGAGCUCCACCUCGGCACGUGCCAAGUACUCCUCGGCCACUGUGAUGGCUCGCGUCAAGAUUAUUCGUGAGAACUGGAAUCUGAAAUACAGCGCCUGUUUCAUCCUGUGUCCGGUACGAACUCCACCGCUGGCUGUUCCUCAUUUCGUGAGCGUGGUAUCCCGACUGCGUGCUCCGCCUGGUAAUUUGCUGACUCUGCGGAACACCGACCAGGAUGCGGACUUUGCGGCGAGCAGAGCGCCUAAUUCGAGUGCCAAGAGAGGAUCGCCAGUGGCUCAUCCUCCGCCGAGUGGCGACAACAUACCCGAUCGCAUAGCCGUCUGCGUGAAACCUUUGCACUUCAACUACGACCAGGCGCUGUAUCUGAUGGAGUACUUGGAGUUCUAUGCCCUACUGGGUGUGUCCCACUUCACCUUCUACAACCACACUUUGGGACCACACGCCUCCUGCGUCCUGGAGAACUAUCAACGGGGUCUGGUGCCCGGAAAUCUGACCGCACACGAUCUGGAGCCACUGACGCCAGCGGAGGCAGCCAACAAUGCCACGCCUCGUGUUCUAAGGACACAAUAUCAGCGACCCACGGUCAGCAUCCUGCCGUGGAAUCUGCGCAUGCGCAGCCAGAAGGAGAUUCGAACCGAAGGACUCUUUGCGGCCCUAAACGACUGCCUCUACCGCACCAUGUAUCGCUACAAGUAUCUGGCCCUGGUGGAUCUGGACGAGUUCAUUGUGCCACGCUACUCGGAUACGUUGAAUGAACUCAUUGGAUCACUGAACCAGCGCUUUCGCAAUCGCAACACAGGAGCCUAUUCCUUCCAGAACGCCUUCUACUAUCUUCAGUUUGCGGAUGACAGCCUGGCUAGUUCUGGAAUAGAGGGUGGUAAUGACCAACUGGCCAAAGUCCGAGCCAAUCUAGUCACCCAACGUAAAACACGAAGGCGCUAUAAACUGCAUCCUCAGAAGCAACGAUCCAAGUACAUCUGUAAACCGGAGGCAGUUGUCGAGGCGGGCAACCACUUCGUGUGGGAAUUCGCACCUGGCAAGGGAUCCCUCAACGUGCCGCCAAAGGAGGCCAUCCUGCAGCAUUAUCGGGUCUGCGAAUUCGGUGGCAACGACUGCAUCAAGGCUCCUUCGAUUGUAGAUCGCACUACCACAAAGUAUGUGAAUCGUUUGGUGCAGCGCGUGGAUGCAGUGUAUCGCCAUCUCCGCCAGCGUUGCGAUCUUCCAGCUUUGCCACCGUUGCUCAAGACCAAGGAGAAUCCACAGGAAAAAACCCUAGAAAUGACCAAGGAGAAAGCCAAGGAAAAUACUAAUGAUAAGACUAAAGAGAAGCACCAGGAAAAGCCCAAGGAAAAUUCGAAAUUGCUGGAGCCAAAGAGAAAAUUGGGUGCAACAACGAAUGAGAGUUUAAUCAAAGGAGUGGCCACUGCCACAGCCACAACAACGACGAAGGCAACAACGAAGGGAACGGCAACGAAGCAGCAGCAAUCCAUCCCGGUCACCGCACCCACAAGGACCACGACGACACCCAAGCAAUCGAUUCCAUUGGCCAAUGUUCGCAAGAAACGGAAGCUGAUUGUCUUCGAGAUCAAUGAUUUGGGCGUGCCCGUGGCCAGGGUGGAGUACCAAUGAGAUAGGGACAUUGUUGGAAACAUUUAAAUUGGGGCAUUUGGUUCAUUUAUGUGCCAAUUAGUUUGAGAAUUUAGUUGGUUGUGUUCCGGUGCGGUUUAUCAACUUCAUUUGGCCUUCAUCCAAAUGCUCAACACAGUAACUGACCCUAAGAAUUUAAGUAUCUUCAUUUGCUCACAGUAGGAAUAGAAGGAAGGCACUUACGAAUCGAAGCAAUAACACAUGAUUGUAGCAAUAUGAUCUCAAGCCAAUGAUAUCAGCGAAAAUCAAGUUGGUUGUUCCAAUAUUUUCAGUUAUUUAAAUUUUGAAACAAAUAUUUCGUUGAUAUAUUUUCCGAUGAAACAAGGGAUGAGAGACUUAAGAAAUACUUAAUGCUAGAUAGAAGCAACUACGAAAUUAUUAUAAUCACUAAUCACUGUUUGGUUGUUCUCUUUAAUUUGGAAAAUAUGCUUUCCCGAUUUUGGUAUUCCUAAUGCAAAAUUAUUCCUAAACAAAAUUCAGUAAAUUCCUAAUGCGAAAUUCAUAUGUAAUCUAAGCCAUUGUUUCGUGUUGUAGAGUAAGCAAUAAGGUAUACAAGAAUGAAAUUAAGGCGAUGCAUGCAGCAAAACAAUGAAUAUGUAUCGAUAUUUUGCCAGCGAACUGUUAGUGCAACAUUACCAAUUAGUAAGGCAGAAGCUCCUCCGAGGUAUGCGCUUAGCCUAUGAGUUAGUGGGCUAAAAAAAGCUUGGGACAUAUUUACAGGUCCUUGUCUUUUGGCUUGUGCAUGAGGCAGAAACGCAAAAUGAUAAGUUUAGUAUUAUCACGAAACUGAAUCGAAUUUCCAAUGCUUCGAAAUGUGUAAACUUUUUGUUUGGCUUAGCGCACAAAAAGUAUAAUCAUUAAGUAAAUAAUAAACAGAAAUCAGAAAACAGAUUUAGUGGUCUUUAGAUAUUAAGAGGCAAUUUCAGAUACUAAAGAGAUCUAUUCAAACACAUGAAGUCAAUAAAAUUGCAAG